CCACAUCACCUCCUCCAGCUGGUCCUCCCAGUCCUCGGGCUGGUCCUCGGUCCGGUCCUCUGGCUGGUGGCGGCGGCAAGCAGGCAGGAUGCAGCGGUGUCUGUGGCUGUGGCCCUGGCUGGGCCUCUUCCUCUCGGUGCAGGUCCCGGGUGCACCCCGCACUCCACUUCUAUUAAUGAGUGCAAAUCCCCGCUUGGUCCGAAAGCAUUCGAACGUGACAAUCACUUGUGAGGUGAACCACUCCCCGGAGACCAGUACGGUCUACUGGUUCCGUCAAACCCUGCUUCCCCGAGAGAUCAACAGCAACGAGUUUCUGGCUUCUUAUUCUGGGAUGGGAUCGGUCUACGGCAAUGACUCUUUCCAGGCCAGGGCCACCGUGUCCAAGAAGCAGGAUAGGAACGCUUACGUUCUGGAGCUCAAAAAUGCGACUAUUUCGGAUAGCGGCAUCUAUUUCUGCUGUGUCAUCCAGUCUCCCGCGUUCAUCUUCGGACCCGGAAUCGACCUGAAAGUGGUUGAGAACUUUCCCACCACAAAGCCCACCACAGUCCUGACAACACGAAAGAAAACCUGCAGACCCAAGCCCAAGGAUCAAGUUGAAAAAAAAGGUCUCUCCUGCAUGACUCUUCCCCUCGUCCUCCUGGUGGGAUGCUUCUCUGUCCUGCUCAUUUCUCUGAUUGUGACCAUCCAUUUGCACUGCUUGUGGAGGAGAGCCCGGCUUCGAUUCCUCAAAAACAUGCAAAUUUAAGAAGAAAAUUUUCCUGAAUAUCCAUCAACCCGAUCCUUUGGAAUAGAGGCUCAAGAUCUGAAGGUGACUAUUCAGAGAGCGGUCAGCUAAUUUUCUCUGUGCAACGAGGCUGCUGACGCUGAUCUGCUCCCGGUCACUUCCAUGGGCCGUAUCUGUAUUUUCAACGGUCAGCGGGAUUCACUUACAAAGCAGAGCUUCAGAAUCUAAAGGCACUUUCUGUCACUCACCGUGUUUAUUUAUAGAUUGUAUAUGAAAUAUAACACACGAUACAAAUACCAUAUCCUGUUACCUGCGGAAAGAUUCUCAGACUUACUUCGGCCCAAAGCCUUUGAUAUUGGUCAUUUGGCCACCAUAAAUUUACUGACGGCGAAAGAGCAGUCCCAUCAGAUACUCUAGCAUCAUGUAGCCUGAUGGCAGUGUUUAAUCCCCAAAGCAAUUUCCUAAACAGAAUGCUUAAUGCAGCCAUUUGGAGCUAAACCAAGAACAUGUGGUCAAUUUUGCCAUGUUGCCAGAUCGCCACAGCAGUAUUUCUGUAAUUUUGGUUUCAUUUUAAUCAUAGAAUUGUGUCUGACAGUGUCCUGAGCUUCCCUGCUCCACUUUCUUCUCAUUCUCUCAGCUUCCAAACUGAAAAUAUCUUCGCUGUAAAAAUAAAGCCAGAAGCUAAUUUGGACCAAGACGUUGGGCCCCAAAGUGGUUGCUGGUUUGGCUUAAAAGCAACAGGACCUGAGGGUGAAAAGUUUUUGAUAGAACAGUUGAAAGGAAAAUUGAGAAUAAAGAAAGAUAAAAUGUCUUUGUAACCAAAUUUAAAGGACCGGUUUGUUGGGGUUAGGG